ACACCGACGGAGAAGCAUGAAGCAACUUCACUACCUACAACGACACGAAUCCCACUGCUCCAAAACGCCGUCGUAACAUUCUCCACUCCCCAUUAAACUACUCACCUUCCUCUUCAUCCCCCUUUCUUACGUACGGCCUAAAAUAUCCCCUCUGCACAAAAAAAGAACCCAUUUCUCCCUUCACUGUUCCACAGAUAUUAAUCCCUCGCCGGUCAACUCCCUUUCUCUCCGAUUCCUCAAUCUCCAAACUCCACUCACAACCCCUUCAUACUUCAUCGGAGAAUUCAUCCCACCGGUGGACCUCCGGUACCAGCUGCGGCGAUCCCACAAUCCGAUCCACUCAACCCUUUCUUCUAUUUCGGCAGAAUCCUUCCAUUUCUCUUUAUGUGAUCGGACUGCAUCGGAAACUCUCAAGGAUGGAUCGGUCGACGAUUACUGUGGGGCCGGCCAUGGAUAUGCCGAUUAUGCACGACAGUGACCGCUACGAUUUUGUUCGGGAUAUCGGCUCCGGGAACUUUGGGGUCGCCAGGCUGAUGAGGGAUAAGCAUACCAAAGAGCUCGUCGCUGUCAAGUAUAUCGAGCGAGGCGAUAAGAUAGAUGAAAAUGUUCAGCGAGAAAUCAUCAAUCACAGGUCACUGAGGCACCCUAACAUAGUCAGGUUCAAAGAGGUCAUCUUGACCACUACCCAUCUUGCAAUUAUAAUGGAAUAUGCAUCCGGAGGAGAGCUCUUUGAGCGUAUAAGCAAUGCAGGACGCUUUAGUGAGGAUGAGGCUCGCUUCUUCUUUCAACAACUUAUAUCCGGAGUCAGCUACUGCCAUGCAAUGCAAGUGUGUCACCGGGAUUUGAAGUUGGAGAACACUUUACUGGAUGGAAGCCCAGCCCCUCGUUUGAAAAUAUGCGACUUUGGCUACUCAAAGUCAUCUGUGCUCCAUUCACAACCAAAGUCAACUGUGGGAACACCUGCAUACAUUGCUCCAGAAGUGCUCUUAAGGCAAGAAUAUGAUGGAAAGAUUGCAGAUGUAUGGUCAUGUGGAGUGACCCUUUACGUAAUGCUUGUUGGAGCCUAUCCUUUCGAGGAUCCUGAUGAACCAAAGGAUUUCCGAAAGACCAUACAACGAAUCCUAGGUGUCCAGUAUUCGAUUCCCGAUUGUGUUCAAAUAUCUACUGAGUGUCGCCAUCUGAUAUCAAGGAUUUUUGAGGCAGAUCCUGCAACGAGAAUCACUAUUCCUGAGAUUAAGAACCAUUCCUGGUUUUUGAAGAAUCUCCCAUCGGACUUGAUGGAUGAAAACACAAUGGGAAAUCAAUUUGAAGAGCCUGAUCAACCGAUGCAGAGCCUCGAUACAAUAAUGCAGAUAAUUGCUGAAGCCACAAUACCGGCAGUUGGUUCACAUGGCCUUAUGUGCAUGACAGAUGACCUUGAAAUGGAUUACGACGACGACAUGGACGAUCUGGAUGAUGAAUCUGAGCUCGAUAUAGAAAGCAGCGGUGAAAUAGUGUAUGCACUUUGACAAUUGAUAUCAAAGUGCAGAAAUGAAAAAUUAUGGGACUUUUCUUUUGGGACUGGUUCUGACUUUGAAAGAAUUUGUUAAGAGGAAGACUACAUUAGCUAGCUUGUUCUCAUCAGUUUGUAGAUUAUAUUUACAAGUACUCCAGGUUUGCCUCCUCCUUUGGAUUAUGCCACGUCAAUAAAACGCAGCUAUUAAUCCGCGUUGUUGGAAAAGAUUUAAAGGCUGAGUUAUGAAGAAGACAGGUUGGGAUGAAAGUAGAAUGCUGUUAAAAGGUCAGCCAGUUGAACUUGGUGUUGCUAUUGCUUUUGACAAUGCCUUUGUAUUUGUUUGUGGUUGUUAUUUGGCAUGAAUUUAUGUACAAAAGUUAUGGAGUUUCUGUGUUAUGAUUUAUCCCUUUCAGGCGUUGCUUCUUAA